AUGGCUGCUGUAGUUCGCCUGCACGAGCAGGUGAUCGCGUCGCUCCAAUCCGCCAUUUCGAAGCAACCUCGUUCCGUAUCUGAUUCGCCGAUCGAGUCGUCCUCACCCGUGAUUCUCGGCUGGUUAGUUGGCCCGACAGCGUCUUACUUCCCAUCUCGCGACCCACGCCCUUCCUGCUCCGUCCUCUCUUGCACACUCGUAGACCCGCGAUUCAGGGACGUCGCAGUCCAGCAGCGUGGCGACAAAGGCGACGUCGCCAAGUCCGAGGCGCGAGCUCUUUUGCCGCUGAUUCCUGGAGGACUCACAGUUGUCGGGGUUGCGGUGAGAGGGGAGUUUACCCUGGAAAGUCAGGCGCUUAUAAGGAAGCCAAUUACCGAAUUUCGGCGAAUCUUCCACGACGUUGCUUUGGCGCGCCGGCCGUUCAUUGUGACGUGGACGAGUGACGCAUUAGCGUCGGGUGAAAUCCCUCCGAGGAUAUCCAUAUUGGCGGGAAUUGAGUUGAGAAGAGGUGACGUGGCAGUUGCUGAUUGGUGGGGUCAGGAUAUUACAGAAAACACGUGGAAAGAUGAGGAACGGGAACAGAGCGGGGGAGACGAAGAGGACGGCGGCGAGGAGGGAAGGAGAGACGAGAAGCAAACAGGAGAGUGUGAAGCUGACGUGGCAUGGGAGAUUAAAGCGGAUGAGGAGGGUGAGAAUGCUGACGUGGAGGUAGAAGUGGUGAAGGGUGAAGGGGGUAAGCGAGAUGGUGCUACUGGUGGGGAGAAUAAUCGGCUGGAGGAGGAGUUUUGGGCGGCGCACUGCCCGCUGGUGUGUGACGUGGCAGCCGCCCUGCCACUGUACACCCACGACAAGCAGACUCUGUCGUCGUCGAUAUCCGCAUCUCUCUCUGCCAUCGAAGCUGACGUCAUCAGCCCUCACGCCCUCUGGUUGCUGCACCCACCACAACCACCUUCCGCUGCCACGUCAUCAGCUGCCAGCUCAGCAUCAGCCGCCAGCGCUGCUGCAGGAGCCGCGCUGACCUUGAUCCCCUCUCUCACAUCUAUGUCUCCUCUCUCACCUCUUCACCGCCUUCAUCUGGGCUCGCUUUGCCUUGGUUUCAACGCCCCUCUUCCCACCCACUCUCCUCCUCUGCCCCCUCCUGCCCGCUCACUUCCUGCCCUCCUCCCAUCCCUCCCAACCCAACGACUGUCCCACCUCCCCGCUUUCCUCUUCCCCUCAUGCUCGCUCUGCCUUGGUCUCGUGAUCUGCGUUCUCGCCCAUUCCUCACAGCUGGCGUCAACCACACGUGUCUCUCUGCUGCUCAACCAAUCGCCACCCGCCACGUCAGCAUCCGCAGGGAAAAACGGUGCACCUGUUGGCCUCAGCUACACCCCAGCCGCCCCCAGCAUCCGCCUGCACCAGAUAAGCCUGUCCCUGAGCACCCUCGUCUUCGCCCCUCAGCACCUAUCUCUGCGGGCGGCGGUGCGUCGUCUCGUAGUGCCGGGGCUGUUGCGGCAAGUCAAGGCGAUCGAGUGGAUGUUCGGAGCAUACCACUUCCUGCUGCCGGCCUGCCCACACCCUCUCACUGUCAUAUACCCUCUCACGUACGGAGAGGGGCAGCAGAGCCUGGUGGACAUGCGCAUGGCACUGCACCACCGCCUGGGCCUGCCUCUCGACCGCCCCAUGCUGCACAUUGCCUCGUCACUCUCCCUCGCUGCCCCUACUGCUGCACCAGACGCCACCCAAGCAUCCGCCAAAGGUCUGCGUCUCUGGGAUGUGCACGUGGGCCUUCCUCGUCUGCCACAUUCUGCAGGGUCGAAGCAGUACCUGGUGCAGGGCUCAUAUGAGUAUUACCACUACAUGCAAGACCGGAUCGACGACAGCGGCUGGGGCUGUGCCUAUCGCUCCCUGCAGACCAUUGUGUCGUGGUUCCGCAUUCAGCAAUACACCUCAGUACCCGUGCCAACCCACAGGCGCAUUCAGCAGGCGCUGGUGGAAAUAGGCGACAAGGAGGCGGCGUUUGUGGGAUCCAGCCAGUGGAUCGGCGCCAUUGAGCUCAGCUUCAUUCUGGACCACCUGCUGGGGGUCACAUGUAAAGUCCUCACAGUAUCAUCUGGAGCAGACAUGCCCUCUAAAGGCCGGCAACUAGCCCACCACUUUUCCACCCAAGGCACCCCGGUAAUGAUAGGAGGCGGAGUUCUCGCAUACACUUUAUUAGGUGUAGACUAUGACGAGGCGACGGGGGAGUGCGCGUUUCUGAUUCUAGAUCCGCAUUAUACAGGAGGGGAGGAUUUGAAGGCGAUAAGGAGUGGCGGGUGGGUUGCUUGGCGGAAGGCCAAGACGGACGGUGGGGCAGAUUUUUUCGUCCGUGAUGCGUUUUACAACCUCUUGUUGCCGCAAAGGCCAGCAACUGUUUGA